UCGCGGACCAUACCCAGUGGCGACGAUAUUGCCCAGGAAGGACGCGUCGGUUCUGCAACAAGUGUUGAACGACCGUCUUCGGAAACAGAGACUGUUUCCGGACGCCAAGGCGCUUCGGGACAGGGUGCUCCAGGCACUGCGGAACGAGAACGUGCUCUGCUCCCUCCCGUCAGUACGGAAAGGGUCGGCGAGACACAUGGCCGCGCAGGGGGUUCCGGAGGAACAAAUCAUGCGCUUGACGGGGCACACUCGCCUGGAAACAUUGCAACGGUACCUGGGUUAUGGCCACCAGCUAACGCGGGAGGCAGAACUCGCACGGGACAGCGUCGCCCAGGCCCUCCGCGAGCCGAGUUCCUAGGCAAUAAGGCUCCGAAUGCUCGCGAACUUGGC